AUGGAGGAGGGAACUCACAUUAUCGACCCCGAAGGCGAAGUAAUCAUCGUCGUGCGUAAUCCCAAUGCACCUUUCGCGGUCUGGAAUGAUGAGAGUGCUCAAGCUGGAACUGCCGAUUCUCAAGAAUCAAACAACGUAGCCGAGACUGUGGCCCUUGUACUGAUGUCCGAUAGCGCCCAGAUUGAUGCUUCGAAUGACGAGUCAGCCACUGGGUCUGUCGAGGAGGACAGUAUACCUUCUAAACCUGAAGUCCGCAUUCAAGUGUCCGCGAAGCACUUGAUGCUGGCGUCUCCCGUGUUCAAGAAAGCCCUGUCCGGCAAGUGGAAGGAAGGUUCAACUUUUGUUCGAACCGGCUCAGUCGAGAUUGACACGGAGGGCUGGGAUGUUGAAGCUUUCUUGAUCCUCCUUCGAAUUCUCCAUUGCCAACAUCACAGAUUGCCGAAAAGGGUGAGCCUCGAGCUAGCUGUGAAGAUCGCUGUUCUCGCAGACUACUAUGAAUGCAAUGAUCUCGUGGGGUUCAUCCGUGAUGCGUGGAUUGACCAUCUAAGAGAAGAACUUCCAAAGACAUACUCGCGGAACUUGAUCUUGUGGUUAUGGAUCGCUUGGUACUUUAAAUUUCCCAUAAAGUUCAAGAGAGCGACCUCGAUUGCCAUGUCGCAGAGCAAGGAUGAGAUCGUUUCUCUGGACUUGCCGAUUCCAAUGCGUAUCAUUUACGAGAUGAACCAGAAAAGACAGCAGGCUAUAUGCAAGGUUAUCCUCGCACUUCAGCGAGAAUAUGAAGCCUUUAUGACAGGAUCCAAAGGUUGCAACUUCGAGUGUAGCUCCAUCAUGCUUGGUUCUCUCAUGAAGCAAAUGCUCUCAAAGGGUCUACUCGAGUCACAAGUCCAAUUUUAUUACAAGGGAUUCAAUGUCACAGGCUUGACCAAGUCUGUCCAGUCGUUUGUUGCCCCAAGGUGGAGGACUUCAGUCUACUGCUACAAUGGAGACUAUCCCGAUCACAACUGCCCCCAUAGUUCCUUUUCUCUAUUGAAUAGUUCAAGCGAUACAGUGGAAGGUCUCAAACUGAGACAAUUUCUUGUUGAUUGA